CUGGUGCCGCCGUUGCGCUUCGCCAUGGUUGAGGAGGGCAUCUACCGCGGCGCCUACCCUUCGCUCAUCAACCUGCGCUUUCUCGCGCGGCUGCGGCUCAAAACAGUCAUCUCGCUGCUUCCCGAGCCGCCGAGCGCAGACCUGGUGCGGUGGUGUGAGGAGGAGGGGAUCGCGCUGCACGCCGAGGUGGUGGCGCCCUUCCGUGAGGAGGUGGUCCUCUCACACGAGAAGGUGAACGCGCUCCUGUCUCGUCUGGUAGCGCUCGAUGCAGGGCCCGUCUACCUCCACUGCCUCGACGGCGUCUGCGUCACCGGCACCGUCGUGCUGUGCCUGCGCAAGCUGCAGCGCUGGGCCGCAACCGCCGCGGCCGCCGAGUACUCGCGGUUCGCC